AUGGAGGAGGAGGUGUGGGGGUGCUUUGCUGGUGACACUGGAAAGCUGGUGAAGUACUUCAGUCGCCAGCUGUCCUGUAAGGUGAGAGUGGCCUUACAGGAGGACACCACUGAGCUACAGGACUUCCCCCGUCUGGGACACUGGUUCCGUAUAGUCAACCUGAGGAAGGAGGUCACUGAGGAGAUGGGUCCAGGCGAGGUGACUCUAGAGGGGCUGUUGGAGAUGAGUGAUGAGGAGGUGUGUGAGGCCAUGGAGAAGUUUGGAGCCAACGACGAGGAGUGUGCCCGGCUCAAUGCCUCUCUGACCUGCCUAAGGAGGGCCCACAAGUCAGAACAACUUGAGGAUGAGACAUUGCCCAAUAACGGAGCGGGCAGCCAUGCCAAACAGGACUGGUCCAUCCAGUGGCCCACCUCCGAGUCCGGCAAGGAGAACACUCCCUUCCCCUCUCCCGAACCCAGCCAGUGGGUCCGCUUCCAGCUCUCCCAAAGCCCCAAGGUCCAGGCCAAGUACAAGCCGCAGCACCACAGCCAAUAUCACAGCCCCCAGGCCUUGCUACCCUAUCCAUACGGCCCCUAUGUCCAGCCAGACCGCCUCACCGUGGACAGCCACCUGGGACUGGGGGCCUUUCCCCCCAUGGACACGGGCCACCGCUCCCUGCCCCCCUCGCCCCGCCAGAGGCACUUUGCCCACACCCCUCCCCGGACUCCUCUGGUGGUCAACAGCAUGACCCCCCCAGGCACGCCCCCCAUGAGGCGCAGGAACAAGGUGAAGGCUCCCGGGACGCCCCCACCUCCCAGCCGAAAGCUCAUCCACCUGCUGCCUGGCUUCACGGCGCUGCACCGAUCGAAGUCACACGAGUUCCAGCUGGGAAAUCGCAUAGGUCUGGAAGCAGCUGACAUUCAGACACCCAAAGUGAAGCAGAAGAAGUCCAAGCCUCAGCACCUGAAGAUCAACAGUAGUAUGGGGAGCUGUGAGAACCUGCCUACCCAGCGUUCACCCCUACACUCCUCUGACCAUCGCUCCCUCCGUUCCUUUUUCUUCCCCACCUUCAUGCCCUCCACUCCCCCCGUCUACUCCGAUGCAACUCGUUUGGUACGGACUGAAUCGGUACCAUGUGACAUCAACAACCCCCUCAGGUACACAGACCUGCACAUCAGUCAGACGCUGCCCAAAACCAGCAAAAUCAACAAGGAUCACAUACCUGUCCCGUACCAGCCAGACUCCAGUAGUAACCCCUCCUCCACCACCUCCUCCACUCCUUCCUCCCCCGUUCCCCCCCUCCCCUCCAGUGCCACCCCUCCCUCCCCCCUGCACCCUUCCCCACAGUCGGCACGGCUACAGAAACAGUUCAGUUUAACAGGUACGGGAUUUAAAUGA